CGGGGAUUCGAACCCGCAACACUCAGAUUGCGAGUCGAGUGCCUGAACCACCUGGCCAUGCCGGGCAAUCUCUAGAGUUCAGAUAUAGCUGUUCCAAAUUUUGUCCUACUGCUCAAAGAAAGGCAGCGAAUCUCAGCAACCGCCACCAAAAUGGCUUUGUCCGGCUCUUUGAGUCAAAUAACAGUUUGUUUGUUUCUUAUAAUGCACCCACAGCUUAAAGCACGGAGUGUCCUCAGCAGCCGUACGUCCCGAACUCUGAACACUUUAGUCCGCAGCAAGGCUACGCCAGGCACUAAUCAGUGAGAACUUGAAGUCUGUUGUGAGUCAGAUCUAGUAGGAUUAAUAUCUGAAAAACAUGAAAGACGAUGGAGUCAUUUACUGACGACAGUAGGGUAUUUAAAUAAAAGAACAGCUUUAAUGUGAGGUUCUUUUAAGCUUUAUCCGGCUGUUUGAAUGAAUUAAUGAAAAUGAUUGUUAUAGAAUAUAUUCCACGGAAACAUGUCCCACAACCCUUUGAUCCACAGCCCAACAUGCUAACCACGUGGAAAUCAGUUUCCUAGAUGAACAAAUGAUAUUAUUUUCUAGUUAAAUGUGUUUAUUACUAAGACAUUCAUAUAAGAACCUUAAAUUGGAGAACAACUCAGACUUCAGUUCUUGAGUCGUUUGAUUAAAUUGAAGUCGCUCACAGUUUCUCUUAAUAUUCUAGUGCGCAACAGUGUGUUGCAUAAAUGUCUGUGACAGAAAUCUGGUUGUUGUGUUUUUCGUUGCAGGGGAUGGUGUUAGCAGCAGUCUACAUUCGGCGUAAACUGGUAGAGGAAGGGAUCUUGACGCAAGCCUUUCGUUAUAGUCCUGAAAAGGGUACGUCGCAGUAUGACUUGGUGCUAGUUGGACAUUCUUUAGGUGCUGGAACGGCUGCUAUCCUCGCCAUUCUACUAAAACAAGACUUCCCGAACUUGGUUUGUUAUGCCUACUCUCCUCCAGGGGGUCUGCUAAGUUGGCCCGCUGUUGAGUACAGUAAACAGUUUAUUACUUCUGUUGUGAUGGGAAAAGACGUUGUGCCUCGUUUAGGACUUCAUCAGUUAGAGUCUCUUCGCUCUGAUCUCAUUAACGCUAUUAAACGAACUGAGGAUCCCAAGUGGAAAAUAAUAAUGGGCGGAGUUAUGUGCUGUUGCCCAGAAGACAAUGGAGUAGAUGCCAUUGCUGUGGAGGAUUUUGGUUUAAAGUCAGGGGCCCGUGACGUCACAACUCAUCCUAGUGAUUCUUCUAUUGCUCUCACUGCACACCAACCAAUGUAUCCACCAGGACGUAUCAUCCAUAUCAUUCGAAACCAUCCCAGACGAAACGACAGGAAGUUGUUCAAGAAGCAGAAUCCAGUGUUUCAAGCUAUUUGGGCGGAUAACACCGACUUUGAUGAGGUUUUGAUAUCACCAGUAAUGGUACAAGAUCACAUGCCUGAUAAAGUUAUGGAGGCUCUAGAAAAGCUCCUGGUUAACACAGGACCUCCUAAACCACAGCGAACACUGACUGAGCUAGAACGAAGACAGCUUCUUACUCCCAGUGCGGAUACGUUGGACACCGUAGCCGACCGUACUCCACCGCAUCGUCUAGUGUUAGAAACAAGUUUCACAGACCUGAAUCCAGAAAGCCUCACAGGAGCAGAAGAAGCUCCGACUGGACUAAGAUGGGAAUAUAGUAGCGCCAUUGCAGCCACUAUGGAGAGUGGAUACAACAUGAGGCAGCUAAAGUCCUCACCUAGCGGUGUUCAACCAGGGAGCAAUUUGGACGGGCACUUGAAAGUGGAUCUUCUUCACGAUGAUUGGUUAGGCUUAGCGCCGCUUGCCUCUCCUGAAACGCUCUCUGAUGUGUCCAGCAUUUCGUCCAAAGGAAGCAGCCAACGUUUGAACAAUGGUAACCACUUACAAAGAUUGUCAUGGGGUGGCAUCAAUCCACUGGAACCAAUAGCUCAGUCCCCCGCUGUGCAGCGUCCCUUGCCAGACUCGUUAGGAGUGUAUUACGUUCAGCCCCACGGACCAGACCAUCAGUAUUAUGGUGUACUAUACAGUGCUGAUGAAACUAGUGGCAAUGGUAAUGUAGUCAGGGAUACAUCCACAUCAAAUUUGCUGGAUAACAGCUACGGACAAGGGAAUACUACACCAUUGGGGCAGAAAGUAGUCACAGAGGUGACGGUGGAGAUGCAACCUUUUUCACAAUAUCAUCCCAACAACAGUGAAAUUUCAAAAGAACAUACUUUACAUUUAAAUCUUGAACCUACUUCUCAGGGAAUCAAAGAUAAUAUUACACAAAGUAGUAAUUGUGCGCAAAACAAUGGAGGUGAAAAGAAUAUAGAUCGACAAAGCAAACGUGUGACCUUUGAACUCUGUAGUAGCCAAGACAGUCAAGACAGCACUAAUGGAAUGAAUAACGAUGAAGAUUCCUUUGUGCCAAGUUACCCCGAAUACAGUACACAGCAAGAGUAUGGUAAUCAUGAAUAUAUGUAUCCCCGCUUUAGUUGUCCUGGCCACACCCCACUGCAUUCUCCUACCCUUGAAUACUCCAUGUCAGAUGCGUUUCUCACAAAAAUGAUUGAGAAAGAGACUAUUCAUCGGUCUUUCGAAGAAGCAGACAUCUAUCAUCUAGAAGACACUGCUAACGUGUUUGAAGUUUCAACUCUUCCGGUCAAAGUCUUCCAUAACCAACCUAGUUUCAGGCUGCAACCAACGAAGGAAGAGAACGAAUCUCGUUUGCUUGAAACUCAGUCUCCCUCCAAGGUGUACAGGAAGCCGCCUACAGAAAGUAGCUUAUGAUUCUAGCAGUAUCAGUAAAGUUCAUAAAAACGAGAUGACAAGGUGUUCCGACAUUUACUAAUAUUCGUGAUUAGCUAAAAGACAAUAGCGAAGGGAUUUUGAUCCGAUAGUUUAAACUGAUUUUAUUGAGUUUUUUACCCCUUUACACCUUCAAAACAAGAUACAGGUGAAAUAACUAAAUUAUCGUAUUAGAGUAACACCUCAACAGACGAUGUCAAUCUGUUUUUGUUUUUUCGUUAUACAUCUCAUAUUUCAAUAUGUGUUAUCUAAACACGACAACUAGCACCCUAAGAUUGUAUACUUAACCAUGAUGAAAACUUUUAUUCUUCUUCGGCGAAAUAUCAAAACUAUCUUUAUCCUUUUUAUGUAGCUUAUAAAACGAGUAUAACAAUCUGAAUCAUGUUUCUUCUCCUUAACUGCACCAUUAAAAUUGUUGGUCAAAAGUUGAGUUCCAGGAUCGGCCUGUGGUAGAAAUUGUAGGGGUUGGAUAAAAAUGUUAUAUAUGAAAAAUAGGCAGUCAGUGUGUAUUCGAUGAAAGAAUUUGUUGUCCCAAGGAGUAAGAGUUACUUUUGUGAGAGAUUUUCACUGAAAAACAAAAUAAAUAAAUAAUGCGAGAUAAUCUUGAUGUCGCUUUUAUCUUCUAGAAUUAAUUGAUAGUUACCAUCGUUUUGAGCUGAAACUCCACUUUCUAGUGUCGUGAUGUUUUGUAUAAAGCAAAAUAGUUUGCUUUCUGCUGCACCAGGCUAUUUCGAUAUUGAAAGUAUAAUAACACAAAAACUUUCUAUUUCAUAUCUCUUUUCGGUGAUGUAAAAGUACUUUUUUUUUGCGAAAAAUAAGAAAAUAUUAUAAAUAAUAUAAAUUGUUUUUUCGCAAGCCUCUACACUUUUCGUUGGGAAAUUACAUUGUACUGACUUAAAAAAAUUUAUAUGAAACAUAGCCUAAAUUAACUUGUACCAUGUGUUAAGUGUAUUAAACAAUAAAUAAAAUAUGGCUUCCAUAUCUAAAAUUAAGUUAAACCUUUGGCAGUAGCGUAGAAUUUGCCUUAACAAUAAGUUUUAAGAUUGACCUUUAAAAAGCAGUGACAGUGUAUUUAAGUUACUUCAUCUGUAUUUUAGGACAAAGAUCAAGAAAAUAUUUAACCAUUAAUCUCAUUCUUUAGUAAUUGUUUUGUUCGGAAUAGACUUAACGGUUUGUAAGAAGAAUGUUUUUGUUCUUUUAUAUUGUACCUUUCUCGUACACAAACCUAUUAAUGCAUGUUCAUAAAUUCCAGUCUUACAAUCUGAAAUAUUUUAUAAAUUAAAACAUCGUUUUACGUCUUAAAGAUUAAGAAGGAUUGUAUAUUUGUAUGCUCGAAUUUAAUUACUUUAAGCUUGUCUCGUUUAAUGCAAAGAUUAUAUGUUGUUAUGUUUUACAGGACAUCAAAAAUAUUACUCCAUUGCUUUUCUCAGCAAUCUUUUAUAAAAAAUUAAAUAAAAUGCGGAUAAGUGAAAACUGCUGAUUAUUUGUAAUGGCAGAAGGUUGAAUAUAAGUAUGAUAUAAAUGAUCUGUAUUGUAUGUAUGUAUGUAUUGGAGCUUUUAGCGGAAAUUAAUGUUUUAGUUAAUUAAUAAUACCACUGAAGCAAAAUGGAAAAAAAAUGAUUAAAACAACAUAAAUCAUUAAAAAUUAGGAUACAUUUUAACAAAUACGCAGAACACUUCUAAAACACCCCCCUUUAGUGGCUUAGCGAUAAGUGUGGAAGCUUAUAACGGUAAAAACAGGGCUUCGAUACCCGUGGUGGGUACAACACAGGU